GAAGACCUUCAUUUCACCCUUUGAAAUGAGAAGGAAGUAUGAGUGGGAUGUCUGCUUUAAUACCAAAAUAAAGAAGAAGUUCAAGUCUCGGGUCUCUGAAUGGCUGAGCAAAAACAUUGGUAAAGCUAGGCGGGACAACAAGAAGCCGGACUGGAUUGGUGAAGGAGAUUGGAAGCUGUUGCUAGAGUAUUGGUCCUCUGGUGCGUUUAAGAAGAAAAGUCGUGCUGGAAAGAAGAACAGAAAUUCUAAAGCAGGGAAAGAGUCACAGUAUCGCCGUGGAAGGAUACCGGUGACUGCACAUGUUGAAAGGCUGACGAAGGAGUUGAAUAGGCCCCCGUUGAAGAUUGAGGUGUUUGACAAGGUGUAUGUCCCGAAAUCUGGUGGCCCCCAACAUGUGUAGUUGAAACGAAG